GCCUCACACACGUCUACAGCUCCAACCACAGGCGCUGAGCAGAAUGAUGGAAGCUGGGCCAAGUGCGCCAUCUCACUCUUCUUAUCUUCCAGCAUCGCUUCUGCAUCCUCUCUCCAACUCUCUUGUCCUCGAUCAGAUAGUUGCGUAUCUUCCGGUCUCAUCUCUUCUUGCACUUGGGGCCACCUCGAAGUCCUUUAAGGACCUGGUGCAUCGCACCCCCAAUGUAUUUCGACAUCUCGAUCUGAGCAACGUUAAAUCAGCACAGUUUGAUAUCGCCAACAUCGAUAAUGGGGGCGAAGUGUGGAGAAACGUCCAGCUGGACGAGAAUGUCACAGAAGACGACUUCUAUGGCGGACCUCUUCUAUAUAUAUUUAACACUCUACGAAAGAGGCACAUCCUACAAGACGUCCAAACCCUCAUCCUCGAUGGGUUGUCUGUCACCUCCGAUUUGAUAUCCGAUAUUAUAACCCAAGACCAUUUCAAUGUGCGAAUACUAUCUAUACGCGAGGUCCAAAACCUCCAUCCACGAAAGUUGCAACAGGCAUUGAGAUAUUCUGUGCGCCCUUCUCGGCCUGCUGGCACGCCGAAACUCAAAGGCCUGUACUUCUUUGGUUCCAAAGAUACGACUCCACUCCCACGAUCCGACCGUAGCAUUUCCUGCACCGAUACUACACCUUCACAUGGAGUAUUGGUACAUUCUCAGGGAGCACAGAUCGGAGCACAAUGGAACCAGAAGUCUGGAGAUACCUUGGCGGAGGAAAUGGCACACAGCGGUGACAAGUGGUACUCAACUGGGAGAGUGCUGGCAAAGUCCCCGACAACAGAUUGGGAUAACACGAUUCUUGCUUGUCAAGGUAUCAUCAGUUUUGAUGUCGUUCUAUGCCAUGGCCCUCGUCAUUCUCUCCUACCGAGCAGUGAGAGGUCUGGCCCUUGGUAUCAGAAGCCAAGGUAUCACCUUACUCCUCGAGUUGCAACUCAUUCCAUCGGAGGUUGUUUCAAUUGCGGCAGAGCCCCAGAGGGUAUGUCAAGAUUUGGAUCAUCGCCUCUGGAACGAUUUCCGAUGCUUGCCCCUCCUCCACUGCACUCCUCAACAGCGAAAGCAGCGAAAGCACCAUUUAUGGCUUCUGGGGGCAAGCUUUUACUACGAUGUAUUGAUUGUCUCCGCAAUCGCUUUUGUGAAAGCUGUAACAAGUGGUGGUGUGAAGAUUGCUAUGAAAUUCCGGAACCUGGCCAAGGAGCAGGCUCACCACAUCAAUGGGGAAAUGGUGGUCCGUCGAUAGGUGGCCACCCCGAGAAACACCUCAAGGUACAUAUGGGUCUUUGUGUUGACAAUUGCCUCGUCGCGGAAAUGAUGCCUGGAGCUGGCAGUAAUGGCAUGUGGGGUUGAUCAAACUUCACAGAGGAAACGUAUAGGAUAGCUUCGAUUUCUUUCCGUCUCGAGUUUGUUGGCCCAGCUGACUAUCCUAGUUCGGCGUCGUUCGAAGCUGUUUUGAAUGCGGUCUGAUUUGCUUCGAAUGCAUCAAACGCACUCAGCUGAUGUGCAAAGUUUGCGGGGGAGGAUACUGUACGGUCCACAACGAAGGAUCCACCUUGACUACUUGCGAUUGGUGCGCAAAUAGUGGUCGUCGAACUAGAGAGCUAUACUAGAAACCAACCCUGCCAGUGUAACACCCCACUCAAUACAUGC